GUGUCGGCGCUGGCGAGUGCAGGGGGUGCUGAGAACCUGAUCGUGCUGGAGGGGGCGAAGCAGCGGGUGCCCCACGGCCCUGGCGCCCUGCGCCGCGCCGGCACCACCUUCGGGCCCCUGCACAAGAGCCGCCUGGGCGAGCACGAGUUCGAGGCCCUCAUGAGGAUGUUGGACAACCUGGGGUACCGCACAGGCUACACGUACCGCUACCCCUUCGUGCAGGAGAAGAGCAAGCCCAAGAGCGACGUGCUCAUCCCGGCCACCGUGACGGCCUUCGUGUUCGAGGAGGAGCCCGCCGGGACCCCCGCGCUGCGCCAGCACGCCCAGAAGCAGCAGAAGGAGAAGACGAGGUGGCUCAACACCCCCAACACCUACACCAGGGUCAGCCUGGCCGAGGAGCCGCAGGGCAGCGCCGGCGGCCAGAGGACAAAGACCACGUGGCUGCGAGCGGACGAGGUGGAGAAGGGCAGCAGUGGGACCCCCAUUCGCAUCGAGAACCCAAACCAGUUCGUGCCCCUCUACACAGACCCGCAGGAGGUGCUGGAGAUGCGCAACAAGAUUCGGGAGCAAAACCGCCAAGAUGUGAAGUCGGCCGGGCCCCAGUCACAGCUGCUGGCCAGUGUCAUCGCCGAGAGCAGCCGCAGCCCCUCCACCGAGAGCCACCUGGGGGAUGCGGAGGCCAAGGAGGGCUCCCGGGAAGAGGCUCCCCCCGAGCCGGAGCCCCCCAACCCCUUCAGCCAACUCACGGACCAGGAGCUGGAGGAGUACAGGCAGGAAGUGGAGAGGAAGAAGCGGCUGCAGGGUGAGAAGGACGCAGCGGCCGAGGAGAGCGAGGCCCCCCCGCCCAAAGCACCCCCCGGCUCCGCCCCGGAGCCCCCGGUGCCUGCGGAGCCCACGGAGGGUGACAAGAAGGUGGAUGGCGGCCAAGCCCCGGCCGAUUCCACCACCAAGAAGGAGCCGCCGGCAGUGGUGAACGGGAAGGACGAGGAGCAAAGCACCGAGGAAAACCUGGGAAAAGGGGGGACGGAGCGGACAGCCCCCAACGCCGACCAGGAUGUCCCCAAGGAGAAGGAGACGGUGACCAGCACCCCCGUCUCCCCCGACGGUUCACCCUCCAAAUCACCCUCCAAGAAGAAGAAGAAAUUCCGGACCCCGUCUUUCCUGAAAAAAGGCAAAAAGAAGGAAAAGAUCGAAUCUUGAGUCUCCCCGGAGGCCUCGCUGGCGGUGGUGGCCAUCCCUGGGAUCCCCCAGGGUGGGGGGACGGCUCCUGCCUCGUGCGUCUGGCCGAGGCCCAGCCCCAAACCCCCGGAAUCCGGCUGUUUUCCGGGUCCUCCUGGCACGAGGCACCUCGUCCCCCUUGUCACCCGCUCCCGGAGGCGGUCACCGAGCUUAGAGAGACUGUGGUCCCCACCUGGGGAAAUUCCCGCUGCACCUCCCUCCCCCUCUCCCUCCUGGGCUCCGGCCCCUUCCCACCAUGGGCCGAGAGUUGGAUUUUCCCACCAGAGCCCGGAUCCGCUUGAUUUGAGGAAGAAAAGGGUGUUCUGUGGUUAUUAUCUUCACCUUCUGUUUCAAGCUCUGCUGGAAUGGCGUUGGCUUCAUCCCCAGGGAAAACUGCCUGUUGCUUCACCAGGAGAAUGGGGCCGAGAUGAAGGCGGGGGAUUGCUCUUCCCAAAGGAGAAGCCAAGGUUUCUCCUUCCUGGAUUGUAAUCUUCCUCUCCUUGGGCUGAAGAACCGCUUCCUCCCCUUCUCCUGGUGCUCCCAUCCCGUGUCCGCCCCCCCCCCCGAGGAAGAGCAGCAGGAUUUCCCACCACUGGAAAAGCCCCCACCUCACCGCACGACCCGCACCCAGGAAAGUAGGGAAAAAUCACCUCCGGGAAUCGUCUGUGUUACUUAAAACUGAGCAAAACUCA